AUGCCGCCGGCGAAGAAGGGAAAAGCAAAGGUGGAGCCUAGGGUAGCGCCGCCGCCGGAGAAAUCUAACGAUUUUCCGUCUUGUAUUCGCUGUGUGCCUCCUUCCUCCGUCGCCGUAACCAUCCACGCCAAACCUGGUUCCAAAUCCGCAUCCGUAACCGAUAUUAGCGAUGAAGCGGUGGGAGUGCAAAUUGACGCACCUGCGAGGGACGGCGAAGCAAAUGCGGCUCUUCUCGAUUUCAUCAGCUCUGUUUUAGGUGUUAAACGAAGACAAGUCUCCAUAGGCACAGGUUGUAAGUCGAGAGAUAAGACUGUCAUCGUGGAAGAUGUAACUCAGCAAUAUGUUUUUGAUGCUUUGGAUAAAGCCUCGAAGCAGUAG